AUCAAUAUGGAGGAGGAGUCAACCAUUCCUCCAACUCGGUGAGACGUGACAAGCUGAAAGUAGAGUUUUGUUUGACCUUUAAAUUUCUAAUUAAUUUUGUGGAAUCAUUCUUCAGUCUUGGUCUAAACUAAACCGAACCCAUAAUGCACGCACGAUGGCUAAUUCCAAACCCCACAAUUUGGUGCUAUCCUCAAGUCAUGCUCCACUUUAACCCUCAUUGGUCCAUCAUAUAUACCAUUUUCUCCUCACCAAAAUCACCAACACACUCAAAACCCAAAAAGUAGUUGGGAUUAGGUACUUCUGCACCUAUUUCACUUCAUCUCUCCCCUGUUUAUAUAUUAAGUACAGGUUUGAGAGGUUCCCACCCAAAACACCAACCACGAUUUCAUCUACCCUCUACCAUCUCAGAGCUUCCCAAAAUGUCUCAUUGGCUCUCUGAAUUAUUCCAUUGGCGCCUCACAACCCCAUGGCCAAUACUAGCCUACGCUGCCACCUGGAUGACGCUACUAACCGUGACAGUGGCAGUAGCUUCAAUCUCGCCGCAGGUGGCGUUUGUCACCGGCGUAUCCCCUUCCUCCUCGUUCUCCCAGAAGUGCAGGGCUGAUGGGUCCAUCAGAAUACCCUUGGACUUACCGGGAGAGAUCCUCUGCUUCCCUGCUUCCAUGUUCAUGAAGUCCAAGAUUGAUCUUAUCCUUCCACCAGUAUUUGCAGCGGUGAUUGUAGCAGCUUCUGCUUGCGUGGUGAGGGCUGUGGGCUUGCGGGAGCACGAUCAAACUCAUCCAGAUGAUCAAUAACUGACAA